AUGAGUGGUGUGUCUGAAGAACAGAACGAAAUUUAUAUGGAAAUCGAUAAAGACUACUUGUUCAGAAGUGUCUACGCAAAAGAUCGAUCAACUAAAAUUAGACUUGUCAGACUUGGCAUUAUACCACAUUUAAAAGUAGAGCAAAAGUCGUGCGACAUGGUUCAUGACAUUCCUGUUUUCUUAAUUCCAACAAAAUAUUGGAAAACUUAUGACAUUCCGGCGUUGAAUAAUGUGCAAGUUGCUCUUUAUCUUCCAUCACUGUCGACAGUGCGUAACUUGGUAAAUUCAUUCAAAAAUAUGGGAGUAAAAUAUAUGACAAUAAAAGGAAAUCAAGAAGGAGAAUUGCAAUUUUGUGGUGAUUUGGAUUCAACAAAUAUUGCUGUAUAUUUUUCAAAUCUUCAAAAUGUGUGUUUACAGGAUGGAGACGAUUGUGAUAGAAAUGAAUUGAGAGUAUUACGAAGAGUACGAGUUGAUAUUAAGGCUGUCCAUACUUUUCUUCGAAGUCUGUCUACUGGUUUUACAGUGUUACGAAUAUUAUUGAGAAUUGUUCCGGAGAAAAUGGCGAUAUUUUCGGUGGAGCAGAAUGAAGCUUCAGUGAUUUACAUCGUUAGUGGAAUGGCAUAA